GACUCUAACGCCAACCUCUCAUUAGCCGUUUCAGCCAUUACCCUUUCACUCCAUCGAUAAGUCCGUCACAGUCACCUUAUAUCAACCUAAAAUCUCACCAAGCAUCCUCUUUUACCCACAUUUCCCCUAAUAUAUAUUCAUCUCCCUCACUUCCUUUAUUAUCUGUAAUUUCAAACAAGAAUGGAAUCUGCAGCAACUGCACAAGCUCUAUCCCGUAUCGGGUUAGCCGGUUUAGCAGUUAUGGGCCAAAAUCUAGCAUUAAACAUAGCUGAAAAAGGUUUCCCAAUUUCAGUUUACAAUAGAACUAAUUCUAAAGUUGAUGAAACAUUAGAUCGUGCUCAACGUGAAGGUCAAUUACCGUUGAUUGGACAGUACAAUCCACGUGAUUUUGUGCUUUCGAUUCAACGGCCUAGAUCUGUUAUUAUUCUUGUUAAAGCUGGUUCGCCUGUUGAUCAAACGAUUGCCGCUCUAUCUGAACAUAUGGAACCUGGUGAUACGAUUAUUGAUGGAGGUAAUGAGUGGUAUGAGAACACAGAGAGAAGGAUUAUCGAGGCGAAUUCGAAGGGGUUACUGUAUUUAGGUAUGGGUGUUUCAGGUGGAGAAGAUGGUGCUAGAUAUGGGCCUUCGAUGAUGCCCGGUGGGUCCCACGAGGCGUAUACGAAUAUUAAGGAUAUUUUGGAGAAGGUUGCAGCACAAGUUGAGGAUGGGCCGUGUGUUACUUAUAUCGGUGAAGGCGGGUCGGGUAAUUUCGUGAAAAUGGUGCAUAAUGGUAUUGAAUAUGGUGAUAUGCAGUUGAUUUCGGAAGCUUAUGAUGUGUUGAAGAAUGCAGGCGGGUUGAGUAACUCUGAAUUAGCUGAUAUUUUCGCUGAAUGGAACCGUGGUGAGUUAGAGAGUUUUUUGGUUGAAAUUACCGCUGAUAUAUUCAACGUGAAGGAUGAGAAAACCGGAAAUGGCGAGUUAGUUGAUAAGAUUUUGGAUAAAACGGGAAUGAAGGGAACGGGAAAAUGGACCGUGCAGCAAGCCGCAGAGCUGUCUAUUGCAGCUCCGACGAUUGCUGCUUCGUUAGAUAGUCGGUAUAUGAGUGGAUUAAAGGCAGAGAGGGAAGAAGCCUCGGAGAUUUUUAAGAAAGAAGGGUUAAAUGAGGAAAUAAGUUCGGAUAUUAACGGUGCCGUUGUUGAUAAGAAGAGAUUGAUUGAUGAUGUGAGGCAAGCAUUGUACGCGUCGAAAAUUUGUAGUUAUGCUCAGGGGAUGAAUUUGCUAAAGGCAAAGAGCGGUGAAAAGGGUUGGAAUUUGAAUUUAGGAGAGCUGGCAAGAAUUUGGAAAGGCGGGUGCAUUAUCAGGGCAGUGUUUUUGGACCGGAUUAAGAAGGCAUAUCAGAGGAACCCUAAUUUGUCUAAUUUGAUGGUUGAUCCGGAGUUUGCAAGGGAGAUGGUCCAGAGGCAAGCGGCAUGGAGGAGAGUGGUGGGAUUAGCGGUCCAGAAAGGAAUUAGUGUUCCUGGAAUGUCUGCAAGUCUUCAGUAUUUCGACACCUAUAGGCGUUCUAGGCUUCCCGCUAACCUUGUGCAGGCUCAGAGGGAUUAUUUUGGGGCGCAUACUUAUGAGAGGGUUGACAUGCCAGGAGCAUACCAUACCGAGUGGUCGAAGCUUGCUAGGAAUGCCAGAGUGUAAUGCAGAUUAUGAUUGAGAUCUGGUAUUAGUUGCGCUUUUGUCAACUAUUGAUUUUAAAUUGUGCUUUUCAGGCAUUUGAAAUUAUGUAUGUGUCUUGUUGAGGAUUUUUAUUUGCUAGGCAUAAGAAAGAUUGGUAAGCUUUUUUCUUUUAGUUCUGCAGUUAAUAAUGUUGUAUGCCUUUGAACAUUA